UUUGCUUUACGUGAAGCUAAGCGGGGAAGAGCUAUUGUUCCUCCAUCACGCUCGCCUGAGUUAAGAGAAAACCGGGUGUGCCUUAAGAAUAAACUCCUUGUGAUAAAUUCCCGCCAAUGCGCAGUUUAUUGUGAAAGCUGGGACCGGGAUCUGUACAUGGAACUCUGAGAUGGUGCCGUGUUUGGGACACAGCAGCAGUUCUGUAACGCAGUGCUAAAUGUAGGAGAGGUAACCCAACGGCACGUGUGUGAUAAUAUAACGCAGAAGAAAUCACAUAUGGAUCCCAACCGGAUAAUCCAGGCUCUGAAAGGGACCAUCGAGCCUAAUCUGAGGAUAGCUGCGGAGAAUGAACUCAAUCAGUCGUACAAGAUCAUCAAUUUUGCCCCAACGCUGCUUCAGAUCAUUAUGUCGGAACAGGUGGAGUUUCCUGUUCGCCAGGCAGCGGCCAUCUACUUGAAGAACAUGGUGAGUCAGUACUGGCAGGAUAGAGAGCCGUGUCUGGGCGAGGUCGUCUUUCCUUUCAACAUCCAUGAGAACGACCGGCAGCAGAUCCGAGACCAUAUAGUGGAGGGCAUCAUCCGCUCUCCAGAGUCCAUACGUGCUCAGCUGACAAUGUGUCUGCGAGCCAUCAUCAAGCACGACUUCCCCGGCCGCUGGACUGCCAUAGUGGACAAACUCAGCAUGUACCUGCAGGCUCAAAACGGCGGCAGCUGGUAUGGCAGCUUACUGGCUCUUUACCAGCUGGUCAAAACAUACGAGUACCGCAAGGCAGAAGAGAGGGAGCCAUUGCUGGCAGCCAUGCAGAUCUUCCUGCCUAGGAUUCAGCAGCUCAUUAGCCAGCUGCUGGCUGACGCUACCAUCUUCUCUGUCCUGAUCCAAAAACAGAUUCUUAAGAUCUUCUACGCUCUUGUACAGUACUCACUACCUCUUCAGCUGAUCAACAACACAUUGAUGACUCAGUGGAUGGAAAUCCUCCGAGCCAUAAUGGACAGAGACGUCCCAGCUGAAACAUUGGAGGUUGAUGAGGAUGACCGUCCUGAGCUUGCAUGGUGGAAGUGUAAGAAGUGGGCGUUGCGCAUCAUCACAAGACUGUUUGAAAGGUAUGGAAGCCCUGGCAAUGUGACAAAGGAGUACUAUGAGUUUGCAGACUUUUUCUUGAAGACAUAUGCAAUGGGCAUACAGCAGGUCCUGCUGAAGGUAAUGGACCAGCACAGACAAAAGGAGUAUGUUACUCCUCGUGUCCUGCAGCAGUGCCUCAACUACCUCAAUCAGGGCCUGUCACACUCGCUGACCUGGAAACACAUGAAGCCACAUAUGCAGACCAUAUGCCAGGAGGUCAUCUUCCCUCUCAUGUGUUACAAAGAUGAGGAUGAGAAGCUUUGGCAGGAAGACCCUUAUGAGUAUAUCCGCAUGAAGUUCAACCUCUAUGAUGACCAAGCCCUACCAGCCACAGCUGCCCAGGGCGUCCUCUAUAAAGCUGCUCGCAAGAGGAAGCAGGUUCUUCCUCAGAUGAUGGAGUUCUGCCACCAGAUACUGGUGGAUCCAUCUCCUGACCCUCGCAAGAAGGAUGGUGCUCUGCACUGCAUUGGAGCUCUGGCUGAUCUUUUAUUGAAGAAGCGGAUGUACAGGGAGCAGAUGGAACUGAUGCUGCAAAACUAUGUCUUCCCGUUGCUCAACUCUCCUAUGGGUUACCUGCGAGCCAGGUCGUGCUGGGUGCUCCACUGCUUCAGCCCGCUGCGUUUCCAUGAUGAGCUGGUGCUCAGGAAUGCCGUUGAAUUGGUGAGACAGGAUCUGAUCGACGAUAAAGAGAUGCCAGUAAAGGUCGAAGCUGCAAUGGCUUUGCAGACCCUCGUAAGCAACCAAGAUCAAGCCAAGCUGUACAUCAGGCCGCACAUCCGUCCGGUCAUGCGGGAGCUGCUGCAUGUGGUGAAAGAGACAGAGAAUGAUGACCUGACUAACGUUAUUCAGAAGAUGAUCUGCGAGUACAACCAGGAAGUGGCCGCUAUCGCUGUGGACAUGACGCAGAACCUGGCAGAGAUUUUCAUUAGAGUCCUUCAGAGUGAGGAGUAUGAGGAGAACGAGGACAAAACUGUCAUGGCCCUUGGUAUUCUAAGCACCAUCGACACCAUCCUCACAGUCAUGGAGGACCACAAGGAGAUCACACAGCAGUUGGAGGGGAUCUGUUUGCAGGUGAUCGGUCUGGUCUUGCAGAAACCCAUCAUAGAGUUCUACGAGGAGAUCUUGUCACUGGCGUUCGGCCUCACGUGUCAGACCAUUUCCCCCCAAAUGUGGCAGCUACUUGUCUUGUAUGAGGUGUUCCAACAUGACUGCUUCGAUUACUUUACAGAUAUGAUGCCCCUCUUGCACAACUAUGUUACUGUGGAUACGGACAUGCUCUUGUCUAACCCUAAGCACUUGGAAGUCAUCUACAGCAUGUGCAAAAAGGUGCUGACUAUAGAUGCAGGUGAGGAUGCAGAGUGCCACGCUGCCAAACUGUUGGAGGUUAUCAUCCUGCAGUGCAGAGGGAGAGGCAUUGACCAGUGCAUUCCUCUCUUUGUGGAGGCAGUUCUGGAGCGUUUGAUGAGGGGGGUGAAAUCCAGCGAGCUGAGGACCAUGUGCCUGCAGGUGGCCAUUGCUGCUCUGUACUACAACCCAGCCCUGCUCAUCCACACUCUGGAAAACAUGCACUUCCAACACAGCCCUCAACCCAUCACUGCCCACUUCAUCAACCAGUGGAUGAAUGACACAGAGUUCUUCCUCGGGCUUCAUGACCGUAAGAUGUGUAUCAUCGGCCUGAGCGUGCUGAUGGAGCUUCCCAUUCGUCCGGCAGUGCUGGAGGGAGUCUCAGCCCAGAUUGUCCCCUCAAUCCUGCUCCUGUUCCUGGCCCUCAAACACGUCAACGCUUCCCGCCUUGUCAACAAACCCAACCUGCUGGCCAAUGCUGGGGCACUGGACGAAGACCAGAACGAGGAGAUUCCCAGUGAUGAAGAUGAAGUGACUGAGAACCGUAACGCCAUGCAGCAGCAGUCCAGCAUGCCAACAGGCCCGGCUGCUGAGGAGGAGGAAGAAGAUGAUGAAGAUGAUUGGGACAACGACUGCUUUGAGGGAACCCCCCUGGAGGAGUACAGCACGCCUUUGGACUAUGACAACGGAGAGGACGAGUAUCAGUUCUUUGCCUCAGCACUACUCCGGGUCCAGAACACUGAUGCAGCCUGGUACCAAUGUUUGAUCGCUUCACUCAGUGACGACCAGAAGAAACAGCUGCAGGAGAUCUACAGCAUCUCACAGCAGAGGAGGAGCACUGCCGCCAAGGGCCAGUGAGCUUUAAGGAACGUGUGCAGGACCAGAGAACUGGACGAAGGAGAGAGAAGCUGGUUGGGCCUGGCCUCAAAUGGAUUUCUAUCUAAUCUCAAUGAUCUUGGUUAAUAUCAGACUUCAUGGAUCCCAUCAUAACCAGGGUGCCAGCAGAAUUGCGUGUGUGCGUCACAGAAAUGUCUUCAUUAUAAAUUGAAUUGUCGUUGACCAGCAAAAGUAGUUUCUUGUACAUUGCAGUCCCUUUGAUCUGUGACUAAGUAACUGUGUUGUGUUUGUGUCUGCCUAAUUGUUAAUAAAACCAAAUGUCAAUAUGUG